UAUAAACUGAGUGAAAAAGUAUACAUAUGAUAUGACAAAAUAUUAUAAGGACGGUCACGUGUGUAGUCAGUAGCCAAUCGGUAUAUAUCAUCGACAAGUGAGAUAUCUGGAGAAUGUUGAAUCAUAUAUGCAGCUGAAUACAAAUUCGAAAUGACAUCGAACGAUGAUUGGAAACUAAAUCGUGUUCUGGGUAGCGGAGGUUUUGGAAUUGUCGAGCUUUGGAUACAUGUUCAAAGUGGCAAAAAGAUUGCAAUCAAAAGAUGUAAAUGUAAUUAUUCACAAUUGAUGCCAACACAACGAAAAAGAUGGGCUCAUGAAGUUUUUAUAAUGAAACGCUUGAAGCAUCCAAACAUAGUGAGAACAGGAUGCGUCCCAUUCAAACUUCCAAAUGUAGAAGAAAACGAACCGAUUCUCUGUAUGGAAUAUUGUAGAAAAGGAGAUUUGAGAAAAAUUUUAAAUCAACCAGAAAAUUGUUGUGGAAUUAAUGAAACAGAAGCGAUCAAAGUAAUGAGUGAAAUUUCAUCGGCUGUAAAAUAUUUACAUUCAUAUAAUAUAACUCAUCGAGAUUUAAAACCAGAAAAUAUAGUUUUACAGGAUGAACAGAAUAUGAUUUCAUAUAAAUUGAUAGAUGUUGGAUAUGCCAAAGAACUUGGAGAAACAAGUACAUCUGCCUCUUUAGUUGGCACUUUAAACUAUGUUGCCCCAGAACUUCUUUGGAAAGAGAAAUAUAGUUGCUCUGUCGAUUAUUGGAGUUUAGGAAUAUUGUUUUAUGAACUUGUGACUGGAACAAGACCAUUUUUACCAACAAUGCAACAUACUAUGGAAUGGAUGAAAUACAUAAAAAAUAAAAGUUAUGACGAUAUUCAUGCUUAUGUGUCAGAAGGGAAAGUCAUUUUUGGAAAAGAUAUUCAAAAUCCAACUCACUUAUCAAAUUGUCUUCGAAACAAAAUGGUUCAAUGGUUUCAAUUAGUUUUACAAUGGGAUCCACAUAAAAGAGGAAAAAUGGUUGACAAAUUUGGUACAUCUCAUUUAGCAGUAUUUACAAUGUUACAAGAUGCAUUAUUAAACAAAAUAUUAUACGUUUUCUGUCUGCCGUUUUACAAAAUUAAUACAUACGAAAUUGAUAGUAAUACUACUCUUAGAGAUCUUCAGUUGUUAAUAGAAAAAGAUACUAAUAUUGAAGUCGAACAUCAAGUGCUAACUGAUUACAAAGGUGUAACAUUGAUUGAAAGUACAAUGUCACUUGCAUCACAAAUUAAUGAUCACGUUUUGUUUCUCUUCAGAAAUGGAUGUUAUUUAAUAGAAGAUAUACCUACAUUAAAUAUUCCUACAGCAAUGGAGAAAAUGAUGACACAAUCAAAGAAUGAAUUAAACUAUGAAGUACUGAAAAAUUAUUAUCGCCAUACGAUAUAUUUUACAAAAGCAGAAGUAUAUUUAUUUCAAUUGUACAUUUUUGCACUGAGUAUAAAUGUGGAUUUAUUACAUCAAAAGAUCGAUAAAUUUAACUCGAGUAUGAAGAAAACAUUGGAAAAUACAAAGAUUCUUACAGAUCAAGUACAUACAAUUCGUAUGAAACAUAUGAAUACGACGGACGAAGAUGUAGCUGAUAAAAGGAAGAUACAAACUUAUCUUAACAAAGUUGAUAAAUUAGUUAGUGCAGCCGAUCAAAUAAAAAUGAAGUUUAUGUCUUUGAAAGAAGAUAAUAAUAAAUUGAGAGAUCAAGCUCAAGCUACUGAUUAUAUAGGGAAUUUAUCAGUACUAUAUGACAAAAUAUGUGAUGUAUAUUUGAAAUUUAAGGAAGAAAGUCCACAUAAAACAGCAAAGCCAUUGGACAUGUCGAAAUUAGUGUUUGAAUUCAUUUCUACACGUGAAGCACAACUUUGUAAUGAAAACAUAAUUGAUAUUACAAGGCAGAUAGAUAAGUUGCAAGACGAACUAUCAAAACUAGAAAAAGUAUUUAUUUCUGUUACUGCUAUGACGGAAUUAUAUUGGGAAGAAUAUCAAAGAAUGACACAAUCGGACACUAACAGUGUUCCUCAACAAUCUAACAACUAUCAAUCUGUAAAUAUCUCGACCACUGAAUUAAGCAGCAUUAUUCAAUCAGAAGAUAAUGUGAUAUACAAUAAUUUGAUCAUGCGUUACAUGCUAGAUAAUUUGAUAACUCAAAUGCAGAAAAAAUACCUUGAAGUGCUUAAAUUGGAUUAA